GCGGCGGGUGCAGCGUCCGUAGCGCCUCUGUCCCGGAGAGCCCCGUGAGCGAGCCCAGCCCCUCCCCCCGGCUCCGGGGCGCGGAGCGGAGCCGCAGCGGGACCAUGUCGGCCGAGGACGAGCGGGCCAAGGAGAUUCUGAGGGGAUUCAAGCUAAAUUGGAUGAACCUUCGGGAUGCAGAGACGGGGAAAAUCCUCUGGCAAGGAACAGAAGAUCUGUCUGUACCUGGAGUGGAGCAUGAAGCUCGAGUUCCUAAGAAAAUCCUGAAAUGCAAAGCUGUGUCUCGGGAGCUAAACUUCUCCUCAGCAGAACAAAUGGAAAAAUUCCGACUGGAACAGAAAGUUUAUUUCAAAGGGCAGUGUCUAGAAGAAUGGUUCUUUGAAUUCGGCUUUGUGAUCCCUAACUCCACAAACACGUGGCAGUCCUUGAUAGAGGCAGCACCAGAAUCACAGAUGAUGCCAGCUAAUGCUUUAACUGGUAACGUUAUUAUAGAAACCAAGUUCUUCGAUGAUGACCUCCUUGUAAGCACUUCCAGAGUGAGACUUUUCUACGUUUGAGAUAAGGGGGCCUUUGGGGGCUGUUUUUAGUUUUCCUCCGUGCAGUUCUUGGUGCAGAACCCCUUGCCUAUCCAGUGGAAGACACUUCCUGUAGGUGUGAGCCUGGGGACCAGCUCACCGGGGGUUGUGACGUUUGCCCAUCAGUUAUUUGGUUUUCCCCUCUGACCAAACCCAACCCUGAGGGACGCAGCCAUCAGCUCAGUGAUGGGGGGAAUAAAGACUCUGUAAAAAUGGGCAAAAAAUGGUUGUGCAGAACCAACACUGUAAAUUAUGUUAGUUUCAUCCUUUGUACUUCUCUGGAUCUUGGUACGUAAUCACUCAUUUCCACUUGCAUCUUCUCUCAGCACUUUGUUUUGGAUUAAGUUAACCUUUUCCUUUCCCUUGUUUACUUUUUAUGCUUUCUCUAGAUUUCUAUGUAGUGGUCUAUACAUUCUCAUAUCCUAAACUUGUAAAAUAGUCUGAUAUUACAUAAUGUAAUUAAAGCAAAUUUCUGAAUUAAAACAUUCCUACCGUCCAAAGAAUGGAAA